AUGGUCCAACUAAAGCAACAAUUCCAGGGCUAUGAGUCCGUUGAGAAUUCCAAUAAAGAUAAGAAGCCUUGCUUCGAAGUUGAAGCUGUUGAAGUGGAAGGAGCGCGUUUUAUUCAGGAUGAAUCUCGUCUUCGACAUCUGAUCAUAACCUACAAACCCGCCAACUUCGAUGCAGGUACCUUUAUGAAUUGGUGGAAUCGUCGUCUUGUCAAGGAAGCACAUGAUGGUCCAUUCCAUAUGGUUGCUCUAGACGUGCUCUUCUACAACGGAGAAGAAUUACAUGCCUUUGCAGUCCAACUAGAAAUGGAGUCGUAUGCGCCACAGGUGAUCAACGUAUUCAAUCGGCUGGGCGACGAGUAA